UGGGAGCGGGCCCCGAGCGCGCAGCCCUCACCAUGCCGCGCUCACGCGUGGGAGACACGCCUGCGGGACGCGGGCGCAGGAACCAUCCAGUCCCGGAAUGGGCCUCCAGCAGGGAAAUUUGCUCGUCCUUCCUGCCCCCCCCCUCUACAGGCCUUGUUGCUUCCCAGAUUUUUCCAAAAUCCAAAUCCCAACCUACCCUGCACCCACCUCCAGCGGUUUAGAGCGUUUCACAGAGCGCCGAGUGCAUGGCGUCGGAUUGUGCAACCUGAAAAUGCUCUUGUCUUUUUUUCUCAUCUGUACAGUGGGUAUGAUUUUUUUUUCAUCAUCCAAUUUCAGGUUUUGAUUUCGACCAUGGCUAUCACACAGUUUCGGUUAUUUAAAGUUUGCACUUGCCUCGCUACAGUAUUCUCAUUUCUAAAGAGAUUAAUAUGCAGAUCUGGCAGAGGACGGAAAUUAAGUGGAGACCAGAUAACUUUGCCAACUACAGUUGAUUAUUCAUCAGUUCCUAAACAGACCGAUGUUGAAGAGUGGACUUCCUGGGACGAAGACGCCCCCACAAGUGUAAAGAUUGAAGGAGGCAGUGGGAAUGUAGCAACACAACAAAAUGCUUUGGAACAACUGGAACCUGACUAUUUUAAGGACAUGACACCAACUAUAAGGAAAACUCAGAAAAUCAUUAUUAAGAAGAGAGAACCAUUAAAUUUUGGCAUCCCAGAUGGUAGCACGGGUUUCUCUAGUAGAUUAGCCGCUACACAGGAUAUGCCUUUUAUUCAUCAAUCUCCUGAAUUAGGUGACUUAGAUACCUGGCAGGAAAAUACCAACGCGUGGGAAGAAGAAGAAGAUGCGGCCUGGCAAGCAGAAGAAGUUCUGAGGCAGCAGAAGAUAGCAGACAGAGAAAAGAGAGCAGUAGAACAACAAAGGAAGAAAAUGGAGAAGGAGGCACAGCGGCUAAUGAAAAAGGAACAGAACAAAAUUGGCGUGAAGCUUUCAUAAUGGAUGUCCGUCCCGUGUCAUAGUGCCAGUAAGAGAGAGACGAGCUCCACGACUCAAGCAACAUUUAUAUGGAUUUAAGAAUAUUUUCAGAAUACAAACACAUUGCUUGAUUUUAAUGCAUUCAUCAGACCAUCUAGGAGACCAGGAUUCUCUCAAAGUACCUUGAGCUCUUAGUGACUGAGACUCAAAAACAAAAAAAGACCUACGAGGCAAUAUUUUUUUUCAACAUGCUCCAAGUGUAAGACAAUUGUUUGCUGUAAAAAAUUAUUACAAAUGGAAUAUACCAGUACCUCUUCUAGCUAGUGUUUCUAGCUAAAUAAAUGGGUGUAAAUAAUUUUAUGGUGGGAAAGAACUCUGCUCUCUAUAAUGCUUUCCUUCAUUGUGCAUAAUGAUAAAAUAAAUAAUUUUAAAUAUUC